CCACAGUAGCUAUCUAGUGUACUCGUGACAACGGAAAAAGAAGUGAGGACCGUUGACCAGAAACUUGGCUGAAGAACGUUUCGUAAUUCUAAAGAAUCAUGUCCCAACGGCGUGAAAUAGAUUGUUCAUCUUUCACACCGUAAGGCUCACCCAUCCUCCAAAAACCUCAAUAACAACUUCAAAAAAAGAAAGUACCGAAGAUUAUUUGAAUCAACCACUGAGUUCAGAACAAUUUCACCAUGAUUUCUACAACAAAACUUGCUGCUUGUUUCGGACUCUGGUUCAUCUGCUGCUACAGUGUUCAUUGUUCCCCUUACGGAGGCCGUAACCUGAACGACUUUUCCUCCGAUAUGUCAUCUUUUGACGAUGAGUUCCGACCAAUUCCGGACACACCCGAUUUUUAUCAGAUCCGUAGAAGAAUGAAACAAGAGACCAAACGAACAGCUGCAAUGGGUGUUGAUCUGCCCGACUACAUCCUCCACUUCAAAGGGAACUGGCCAGACUUGACUUCUUUCCGUGACCGGAUGCAGAAAAGUGGAAAAAGAUAAUUCUGUCAGCAGGAAACUCGUCGUGACGUUAGAGCUGA